AGAGAAGUAGGAAUUUGAUAGCGUUAAACUUAAACUGUGUCCCCACGCUUUUUAGGUUUUUUGUGGAGCUGGUCUCAAGUUACACACCCACAGGCCACAGCAGAAGACUCAAAAAGCGCCGAAAAUUUUCAACAUAAUUGCGCGCUUUCAUAACCGAUUAUGGGUGCGGUUCGUUUCUCUUUCUCGUGAAGCAAGGUUUGGUGGGGGGUAGAAAAGGAAUGAGUUUUUUUAAUUCAAAUCACACCCAAAGUUUAACAUUCUUCUUAAAGGGGGAAACUGAAUUAAGGGCAUUUUGCAUAAGGGAUUAAGAUGAUACCUGGCAUUCUCUCAAGGCUGAAUGCCACCAUUUACUGUCGUAUUCGGGAAGCAAUAAUAACACGGCAACAGGGAGUGCCAAUAUCCUUGUAUAGGAAUUCAGCUCUGUCUCUUUCUUCACUCCAUUCAGCUUCCUUUUUGCCCUGUUCCACUCCAUGCUCUUCAGCACUCAACACAAAAUCAAUGGCUACUGCCUCGCAUUCCAAUGCUCUGCUGGGAGAUGUUUAUGUUGAUGGAUUAAUCUCAAGAUGUGGCAGUGUGCUAGACUACACAAAGCCUUCUGUUGUGUACUGCAAUGACAGAACCCAUAGAGGUGGCCUGAGAGCUAGUGUGAAUCUAAGGAGAUCACAACCUUUGUAUGGUUCUUUGAGUUGUGGAUGUUCCUCUUUGGAUGUUAAUCGGCGGAUCCGGGGUUUGAGUUUGCUUCCUGGGUCGUGGCUCAGGAAUUUUUCUACAUCUUCUUCUGCUUCCUGUCCAGCUGGGGCAGCACAGGAUGUCUCAUUUGGUGGCAGCACUCCUGAUGAACAGCUUGCAAGUUCCUCUUAUUCGUCUGAUCUAACUACUGUUGGUGGCAAGAUCUUGAAGAUGAUUUCAGGAUCUUGUUACCUACCGCAUCCAGAUAAGGAGGAGACUGGAGGAGAGGAUGCUCAUUUUAUUUGCACAGAUGAACAAGCAAUUGGUGUUGCUGAUGGUGUAGGUGGCUGGGCAGAUGUUGGUGUUAAUGCAGGACUGUUUUCCCGGGAACUUGUAUCCAAUUCAGUGAGAGCAAUUCAAGAGGAGCCCAAAGGUUCUUUUAAUCCAACAAGGGUGUUAGAGAAGGCUCACUCAAAUACAAAGGCCAAGGGUUCAUCAACAGCUUGUAUCGUUGCCCUUACUGACAAGGGACUACAUGCUAUUAACUUGGGUGACAGCGGAUUCAUUGUGGUUAGAGAUGGAUGCACCAUUUUCCAGUCCCCUGUUCAACAGCACGACUUCAAUUUCACAUAUCAGUUGGAGAGUGGCAAUGGUGCGGAUCUACCCAGCUCUGGUGAGGUUUUUAGCAUACCUGUUGCUUCAGGAGAUGUGAUCAUUGCUGGAACAGAUGGCUUAUUUGACAACUUGUACAAUAGUGAGAUCACUGCAGUUGUUGUGCAUGCAAUCAGGGAUGGACUGGAGCCACAAGUAACUGCUCAGAAGAUAGCAGCACUGGCUCGACAGCGAGCACUGGACAAGAGUAGGCCAACACCAUUUUCUACUGCUGCUCAGGAGGCUGGAUUCCGUUAUUAUGGUGGCAAACUUGAUGACAUAACUGUUGUUGUGUCAUACAUAUCCGACUAAAAGUCUGUAUGGAUAAAGUCUAGAAGAAUUUUUAAGAAUUUUAUUAAAAAUAAAAUUUAUUUUUUAGUAGAGUAGUUCUUUAUGCUUAUAUCCAAACGUCAGAGUGAGUUUUGGGCCAUCUUCACUUUGUAUAUUCAUAUCUGUGCUACAUGUGCUGUUAGGCUUGCCUAUCACUUUUUAAACCGAAUGAACUCAUUUGUAACAUGUUCUCUCAAACUUGAGCUGUCAAUUUUGUCAU